AUGCUACAUGUUGUGGAUCCUGAGGAGGAGGAACAAGGUCAUAAGCUAAAGAAGGUCGCACCGUUCAUCGAUCAUUUUAGAAAUCGUUGCCGCACGCUGUUCCAACCAGAACAAAACUUAGCAGUUGAUGAGCGCCUUGUCAAGUCGAAACAUCGUUCUGGUAUCCGCCAGUAUAUCAAGAACAAACCGGUUAAAUUUGGUAUCAAACUCUGGGUAAUUGCCGACAGCAAGACUGGUUAUACAUGUGACUUUAGUGUUUACACGGGGAGUGGGGAUGGAGUUGUCCAUCCAAAACACGGGCUUGGAUAUGGUGUUGUGAUGACCUUGGCAGAAUCCUUCUUGAAUCAAGGAUAUCAUAUUUUCUUUGACAACUUUUACACGUCAUGCAUUUUGGUCAUUGAUCUUCUCAAACACCAAACUCCGUCUUGUGGAACAGUGGUUGAAAGCAGAAAAGGUUUUCCGGAUUCGAUGAAGGGAGGAAAAAAGAGCUGGGCACCUAAACAACACCGGGGAGCUAUGAGAUGGAGCCGUGAAGAUAAAGCGUUGUGUCUUCAAUGGAAAGACAACAAAGUGGUUACCAUGGUGAGCACCAUUGACAGGGCAGAUAAAUUUGUUGAAGUACAAAGGAAAGUCAAAGCUGAUGGUAAAUUUUCUACAGUUACGGUUAGACAACCAGAAUGCAUCCAACGGUACAAUUCUUAUAUGAAUGGUGUAGAUAAAUCCGACCAAUAUCUAGCAAAAUACAACAUGCUGCGAAAAUGUGUAAGGUGGUGGAAAACUCUGUUCUUCCACAUGAUCGACGUUGGUUUAGUCAACGGUUUCAUACUGUUUCAAUUGCAUCGCUCCCGUAACCCUGAUGUUCCGGGGCUCAAGCGACCUAAGUCUUACGCUUUGCUUGUUUUUCGAGAGGCUGUUAUCAGGCAACUAACCAGUAUGGAAGAGUAUGCAGAUCCUCCUGUUUACAAUAACUUCCAAGCUCCCAUUGAUAAGAGAUAUAACACUGAACAUAUGCCGGUAUUCACCGAAGAGAAACGAAAUUGUAAAGUCUGUUACGCAGAGUUGAAGAAGCAAGUCCGUGUUUACACGAAGUGUUCUGCUCCACAAUGUGAUGUUUAUUUGCAUUUUACAAAAGAAAAUAAUUGUUUUCAGAAGUGGCAUACAACAUUCAAACACUAG